UGCGGGAGCCGAGGGAUGAGGAUGGGGGAGCCGCGGGACGGGGAUGAACGCACAAUCGCCCUUGUGAGGCCGCUGCCGUUGGGAGGCCCCCGGGCCCCGAGGCCAACAGACGGCCCGGACACAAUGUACCCCAACAGGCGCAGCCUCCCUUUCCCCCUCAACUGUCAGCUCGUGAGGGUUGGAACUGCUGAUUAUGGAGGUGCCUCGGAUCAGAGCGAUCAGCAGCUGGACUGCGCCCUGGACUUGAUGAGGCGCCUGCCUCCACAGCAAAUCGAGAAGAACCUCAGCGACCUGAUAGACCUGGUCCCCAGUCUGUGUGAAGAUCUCCUGUCUUCUGUUGACCAACCACUGAAAAUCGCCAGAGACAAGGUGGUGGGAAAGGAUUACCUUUUGUGUGACUACAACAGAGAUGGGGACUCCUAUAGGUCACCGUGGAGUAACAAGUAUGACCCUCCUUUGGAAGACGGGGCCAUGCCCUCUGCUCGGCUGAGGAAGCUGGAGGUGGAAGCCAACAAUGCCUUUGACCAGUACCGAGACCUGUAUUUUGAGGGCGGUGUCUCAUCUGUCUACCUCUGGGAUCUGGAUCAUGGUUUUGCUGGAGUGAUCCUCAUAAAGAAGGCUGGAGAUGGAUCAAAGAAGAUCAAAGGCUGCUGGGACUCCAUCCACGUGGUGGAAGUGCAGGAGAAGUCCAGUGGUCGCACCGCCCAUUACAAGCUGACCUCCACGGUGAUGCUGUGGCUGCAGACCAACAAAUCUGGCUCUGGCACCAUGAACCUCGGCGGCAGCCUGACUAGACAGAUGGAGAAGGAUGAAACCGUGAGCGACUGCUCCCCGCACAUAGCCAACAUCGGGCGCCUGGUCGAGGACAUGGAAAAUAAAAUCAGAAGUACGCUGAAUGAGAUCUACUUUGGAAAAACAAAGGACAUCGUUAAUGGGCUAAGGUCUGUGCAGACUUUUGCAGACAAAUCAAAACAAGAAGCUCUUAAGAACGACCUGGUGGAGGCUUUGAAGAGAAAGCAGCAGUGUUAAGCCUCUUCUUCCCACUAACCGGACACGCCGCCGUGCGCUCAUUAGAUUCCUUUCUUAGAAACUCGUUUUCUGCUCCCUCCCUCGUCCCUUCCCCACCCGCCCCCCCAGGUCACACAACUUGCAUCACCACUGCACAGCGCCAUCUCUCCCUGAGAAUAAACCCUAUAAACACCCUUCUUGUCUCUGAGGCCUACUUCCCACCACAUUUUGCUAUCAGAACUCGGUAUUUCCAUAGAAACCAUGUUUUCUGUUUGCCCCGGCCCCCCGUCUCUCCACCACCACCCGUUUAUAGGCAUAAAAUACACUGUCUGUCUGCCUCCCUUCCCUCCCACCCUUUUGUUACAUUGGUGUAAAAAAUGUAAAACAAAAAAAUUUUAUGAAA